AUGGUGGGCAAUAUGGGUCGCAUUUUUCUUUUGAAUCCAUUUACCAAGGUUUCAAUUCUACUUCCAAAUCAAUCUACUCUUCCUCCUAUAGAUCAGGGAGUUCUAUGUACGGUUAAUGAACAGAGCUCAAACUACAUUCGCAAGGCUAUGUUGUUGCCUACUGACAAUUCUAAUUUGGAUGGCAACAAUUUUGCAUCCUCUUUGGUUGUAGCGAUUUAUGGUACACAUCAUUUAGCUUUCUGUGGACCAGGGGAUGAGGCCUGGACGCCUUUUGAAAAUCACCAUUUAGGAGAAUCUCUUGAAGACAUUAUCUUUUAUGAUGGAAAUUUGUAUGCCAUUAAAUUACAAUAUGAUCUUAUACUUGUGGAGUUAGAAGGUUCUUAUCCAAAAGCAUCAAGUUGUAACAUUGCUCCUCCAGCAGAAAGAGAAGAGGAUAUUACCCUUCCCCUUCCCAGUAAUGAGAUGGUGAAGACUGUUUAUUUGGUGGAAUGUCUUGGAGAGUUGCUAAUGGUUGUUCCAUGUGCUUUAUUUCACGAUCGUUCGAUUAGUCCCAAAACUGCUACGUUCAGCAUAUUCAAGUUAGAUCUACAAGGUCGGUGUUGGAUUAAGGUAAACAACUUGGGUGAUCAAAUGCUAUUUAUUGGCACAAGUACCGGCUGCUCUGUCUCGACAGUUGACUAUCCUUGA